GGGCACUGUGGGCAGAGUGUGUGUGUGUGUGUUGAAUGACAGUGAGUCAGAGACAGAGGCUGUCUGCAGGGGAUUCACACCCCCAGCCAAAGCCAGACUAGUACAGGACUGACAUGGAUUCUCAGGCCCUCAUGAUCACCCUGUUCUUGCUUCUCCACCACUCCACAGGUCCAGCAGCACAUGAUGACAGCUGGUCUAUGAAGGUUCCUGCUGAGGUGCGAGCCAUUGAGGGCUACCCUGCCGUGCUUCCCUGUUCCUUCACCCACCCUCAUGGCACCCAGCACACCUCCAUGCAUGUGAUGUGGCGGCUGGGUCAUGGGCACACUGGCACUGAACUCUUCCGUUGCUCUAGCCUCAAUGGCAGCCAGCAUUGCCAGCCAGGGCCACACCAAGACCAGCGCUACCGCCUGGAGGGCAACCACCGGGCACAUGACCUGUCGCUGCGCAUCAACAGCGCCACCCUGGAGGACAGCGGCCGCUACUACUGUCGUGUGGAGCUGCCAGGGCAACCGCAGGGCAGCUACGAGAACAAAAUGGGGACGCGGCUAAGGGUGGAAGCUCCGCCACGGAUUUUGAGUUUGACAGUAGUAGGCAGUGCGGACAUUGGUCUCAAAGCCCUGUGUCAGGUUCAGGGCUCCCCUCUACCUGACAUCCAGUGGAUGGGGCCAGACGAUAUUCUCGAUGCGGACACUAGACCCCCCCUCUCUCAGGAGGCUGCUGGUCAGCACCACACCACCAGCCAGCUGCUGGACAUCCAGCCAGGGGGCCAGUACACCUGCACAGCCUCAAACCCCCUUGGAAAAGACCAAGCUACAGUGUAUAUUCUGCUCCCCAGCCAAGAGAGGUCCAUGAAGAAGCACAGAUUAACAGCUUUACCAUUGAUAUUGGGGCUGGCGUUAGGUGUUAAAGUACUUCUGGCCCUUGGCCUGGGAACCUGGAUGAUUAAGGGGAGUAUCAAACCCUGAACUUAGCAUGUGUCUGACUCACUGAUACGAUCCAAUCAAAACACACACAAACACAAACAGCUUGUGAAAAUAUAGAAAAGUCAGACUUCUUACAUAAACUUCUAAUAUCAGUUUCCCAGAGAGGGAUUACCUCUGGUCUUGUAAUACUUGCUGUGCCAUUGGUAAUUUACCUUUGGCAAUUUUUUCUCAUCAAAGUUUAAGAUUAAUCUGGGUCUGAGCAACUGACCCCUGGAGUUUAAAGGCAAUUACUUGUUUAAACCUAACCUUUUUACUGUUUGUCUUUUAAAGCAAUAUGAAUAAAGGUACCA